AUGGAGUGGGCGAGUGAGGAGAAGCUGGCUUCUGUGUCCAGCUUGGUGACUGUGUUUGAGAACAACAGGGUGUUGGCAGCAGGACCCAGAGCUCACAGGCCUGAGGAGGAUGAGCAUCAUAACCUUGGGUACAGAGCUUCUCAGGCCCCAGGGUCGCAGGAGAAACCCAGCCUCGGGGAGGCCCAGGAGCCUGGGCCCAGGACAGUCAGCAGGAGGUACCUGAGCUCCCUGAAGAACAAGCUGCCCAGUGGGGCCUGGAGGAAGUCCUGCCUACCAGACACUGACCCUGGGUCGGGGACGCAGGAGCCUGAGAAGAGGAUUGUCCAGGAGCUGCUGGAGACGGAGCGGGCCUAUGUGGCACGCCUCCACCUGCUGGACCAGGUCUUCUUCCAGGAGCUGCUGAAGGAGGCCCGCAGCAGCAAGGCCUUCCCUGAGGACGUGGUCAGGCUCAUCUUCUCCAACAUCUCCUCCAUCUACCAGUUCCAUUCGCAGUUCUUCCUCCCAGAGCUGCAGCGGCGGCUGGAUGACUGGACAGCCACACCCCGCAUUGGCGAUGUGAUCCAGAAACUGGCCCCCUUCCUGAAGAUGUACAGUGAGUAUGUCAAGAACUUUGAGCGGGCUGCUGAGCUGCUGGCCACCUGGACUGACAAGUCCCUGCCUUUCCAGGAGGUGAUAGCUCGAAUCCAGAACAGCGAGGCCUCGGGCAGCCUGACCCUGCAGCACCACAUGCUGGAGCCUGUGCAGAGGAUCCCACGCUAUGAGCUGCUGCUCAAGGACUAUGUCCAGAAGCUGCCUGACCAAUCCCCCGACCGGAACGAUGCCCAGAAAGCGCUUGACAUGAUCUUCUCGGCCGCUCAGCACUCCAACGCAGCCAUCAAAGAGAUGGAGCGGCUGCAGGACCUGUGGGAGGUGUACCAGCGCCUGGGCCUUGAGGACGACAUAGUAGACCCCUCCAACACCCUGCUCCGAGAAGGCCCGGUCCUCAAGAUCUCCUUCCGCCGCAGCGGCGCCAUAGAACGCUACCUGUUCCUGUUCAACAACAUGCUGCUGUACUGCGUGCCCAGGGUCAUCCAGGUGGGGGCCCACUUCCACGUGAGGACCCGCAUCGACGUGGCUGGGAUGAAGGUGCGGGAGCUGAGCGAUGCCGAGUUCCCCCAUGCCUUCCUGGUGUCUGGGAAGCAGCGUACCCUGGAACUGCAAGCCCGGUCCCAGGAGGAAAUGGUUUCCUGGAUGCAGGCCUGCCAAGCAGCCAUUGACCAAAUUGAGAAGCGUAAUGAGACCUUCAAGGCUGCGGUGCAGGGCCCUGAGGGAGACACGCAGGAGCAGGAGCUGCAGUCAGAGGAGCUGGGCCUCCGGGCCCCUCAGUGGGUGCGGGACAAGAUGGUGACCAUGUGCAUGCGCUGCCAGGAGCCCUUCAACGCCCUGACGCGCCGUCGCCACCACUGCAGGGCCUGUGGUUAUGUGGUUUGUGCCAGGUGCUCUGACUACCGGGCUGAGCUGAAAUAUGACGACAACAGACCCAAUCGUGUCUGCUGUGACUGCUAUGUGUUCCUGACCGGAAGUGUGCUCCCCAAGGACAAGGAGGACAGGAAGCGGGGCAUCCUGGAGAAAGAAUCUGUGCUGGGCUCCGAGCACAGCGUGAUAUGCAGCUUCCUGCAGCUCCUUGGGGACAGAUGGGGCAGGAGCAGCCCCCGGGGCUGGUGCGUGAUCCCCUGGGAUGACCCCCUUGUUCUCUACAUCUACGCUGCCCCUCAGGACAUCCGGGCACACACCUCCAUCCCCCUGCUGGGCUACCAAGUGGUCUCUGGGCCCCAGGCAGACCCCAGAAUCUUCCAGCUGCAACAGUCAGGCCAGCUGUACGCGUUCAAGGCUGAGACCAAGGAGCUGAGGGACCGCUGGGUGAAGGCCAUGGAGCGCGCGGCCAGUGGCCAGAGCCCCGGGGAACCUGACGAUGACCUGUCUGACUGAGACACUGCUGGCCUCAUGCCCGCCCACCUCCACCUAACUGUCCCCCACUCUGAGCCCGGCCCCUGCUCUUGCUGACCCUCCCGUGUCUGUCACCCACCACCCCAAGCUUGUGCUUUC